CGAUCCCAAUCCCGGUCCCGGUCCCAAUCCCGAUCCCGCCGCGAUGUGAGCGCUCCCGCACCAUGUCCCGGCAGAGAGACCUGGACAAGCUGCUGUCGGACCUGCGGUCCUUCCUGCUCAUCCUGGACCGGGAGAGCCUCAGCGCCGCGGCUCGGGCCAAGAAAAAGUCGGUGUCCGACCUGCUGUCCCGGCUGCAGAGCCCCCCGUCAGAGGAUGCAGAGUACAUGAUCAUGCGCUGCCUCUCGCCCUCCCCGGGGACCCCGCAGGGCUGGACCGGCCCGGGAUCCAGGACGGCGGAUGCAGCGGGAGGGAGAGGCCGCGAGUGCCGCCCGGCCAGCGCCCCCAGCCUGCACGGAGGGAACAAGGUGCUGGGGGGUGUCUCACCGUCCCCACCGGCCGACGACUCGUACGAAGACGCCGAACCCCAGAGCGGAUGCACCGGCGGGGCCGACACCGACAGCAGCCACUACGAGUCGUACGAGGAGGAGGAGGAGGGUGUGACGGACCGUGCCCACUACCUGAGGUGGCCGCUGGGCACCAGCCCCGAGGCCGAGCCCCCCGGGCGCCCCGAGGCCCAGCUCUGCGGCUUCCUCUGGAGGAAACGCUGGCUGGGACAGUGGGCAAAGCAGCUCUUCAUCGUCAGGGAGCACGUGCUGCUGUGCUUCAGGUGUGCCGCCGACCUGCAGCCGGUGCUGGAGCUGGACCUGCGGGGCUGCCGCGUCACCUACAAGGACAAGCGAGGCAAGAAGAUGCCACACGCCCUGAAGGUGACAGGCACAGCAGGAGAGGUGCUGGUCAUCGGCUUCCAGAGCCGGCAGCAGGCUGAGGACUGGAGGAAGGUGAUCGAGGAGGUCAGCAGCGAUGCCCCCGGGGGGCUGGCAGCCCUCAGCGCCCCUGCGUCCCCUUCCUCGAGGCUCAGCAGGCUCGGCAGGGAGGAGGAGGAGGAGGAACAGGAUCGCUCCCGGCAGAGCCCCGCCCGCAGCCCGCGGCCCGGCGAGGACACCAAAGGAGGGUUCCUGGCGGUGCGGCUGCGGGGCCGCUGGCAGCGGCUGUGGUGUGCCGUGCGCCAGGGAGCCCUGCGCAUGUUCCCGGAGCCCGGCCCUGCCCAGCGCCCCGUCUGCACCCUGCGCCUGGACGGCUGCGAGGUCUCCCCCGGGGCGGCCGCCGGAUCCCCCCAAAACCUGCGCAUCCGCAUCGCCCAGCGCGGCCGGGAGCUCGCCCUGCUGCAGGCCCGGUCGGAUGAGGAGAGGGAAGCCUGGCUGAAGACCCUGCAGGCCAGGGGAGGAGGGGAGCCGGCGGGUGACGGACCCCACAGCAAACCCCCCCGGCCUGGCGAUGCCAGCAGCCGCCCCGCUGCCGGCGGGCUGAUGCUGCGCCAUGUGCCCACCCCCAACACCUACAUGGAUGACCCCUUUGGGCAGCCCCCGCCAGCUGAGGCCCCCAAGCACCUCUACUCCAAUGCAGAGCGGCUGCAGCAGCUGCAGCAGAGCUUGGACCGGGCGGUGCAAGGGCAGCGCAGGAGACCCGUGUCUGCACUGCCCACCUGUGCCAGCAGCAAUGCCCUGGGCAGUGCCCGGCCCUCGCAGGCAGCACCCCCACCAGCUCCCCGGAGCAGGGCUCCCAGCCCACAGCAGGCGAAGGAGAACCCCAACCUCCGGAGCAGGGAUCUUUCCCAAUCCCAGCGCACCCUGACACUGCCCGAGAGGAAAGGGACUCGGGAUGGGCUGGACAUCCUCAUUGGGAAGAGAGCCUUUCCCAAGCUGGAGGAGAAGGUGGGACAGCUGGAGAGGGCCUGCCGUGUGAAGGGCAGGCUGAAAGCCGGCUCCGAGAUGAACCUCCUGGCCAUCGGGAAGUCACUGAAGGGCCACAUCGCUGCCACCGCCAGCUCGGCCGGCUCCGAGGGAUCAUUCCUCAGGCCGCUGCUGAAACGCACCACGUCAGCGAGGAGCGCCCUGAAACCGCCCCCGUCGCCCGUCAUCGUGGAGAAGGGGAACGUGAGGCAGAAGAGGAAGGAGUGGGAGAUGAAGUCUGCGAUGUGACCCCGGACCUGCUGGAGCGGGAGUCUCCCGGCUGCGCGUGGAUCGUGCAGGACCGGCCUGGAUUCAGCCUGGAAUCUGAUUUUUAUCCGUCCAGUAUCAACGCUACCACU